AUGUCCGUCCGGCACUCCAACACGGCCGCUGCCGCGUCCCAGUCCCUGCCGUCGUUCGCACAGGCCUUCAGCAACACCUCCCUCGACCGCCUCCCAGGCCACAACGCGCUACCCCCGAUCCACCGCCCGUCCUUCGAGCGAAGCACAAACACCCAGGGCUCACACGAGUCCUCGCAAUCGUCCACGGCAGCGCCAGAGCAGCAGCAGCAACAGCACGACACCCGACGCUCCUCUCGCUCUCGCUCGCCAAACGAACAACACGCCCCGACCGCGCGCACGCUGAGCAGGAAACGGUCGUACACCGAGGCGCAGUCUGCGUCGAGCACCCCGCGCGGCGAGGAUCGUUCGAGCAGAUCGCCGCGGCUAGUGCGUGUUAAGGAAGAGGAGGACGAAUUGAUGGACGACCGCGAGCCGUACCCGCCGCCGCCGCCGCCGCCGCCGCCGCCACAACACACGUCCCACUCCCAGCCAGCGAGCACCCUCCCAGCUCCCGCUCAUCCGCCCACAAUAUCCAUCGCGACGACUCCGACUCCGACGCCCGGUGGUGCCACACCGAACAGCAACGCCGCCGCACCUCCCGCGAAGAAGCGCCGCGUAACCAUCAGCUCCCACCCGCUCGCCACCUCCCGCGUCGUCUCGCCCUCCAUCCCCAAUGGCAACGGCCACGGAAACGGGAACGGGAACGCUUCGACUCCGAUCUCACCCGUCGUCAUGGGCUUCACCCUCGCGAGGGACGACCCGAAUGCACUCGAACAAAAAACUGCUAACAAUACUCCGAAUUCGUCGGUGCCUAAAUUGUCGCAGCCUCAGCCCCCGACCCCGAAGGAGAAGGAUAGGGCUUCGGUGACUGCGGGACAGGGACAACAGAGCGCGAUUACGACGGUUGCGAACAGGGCGAGUCCUGCCACGAGAGCAAGGACGUCUUCUAUCGUCGCAUCGGAAAUUCACUUGCACCGGCCUCCGUCAAAUACCAACCUCACGACCACAGCUGCUGUCACCACCUCCACCAACAACAACACCACCACCAACACCACUUCCACGAACAUGACCUCGAACAGGAGCAGACCACCCAGCCCGAGUCCCAUGAUCGUACCGAGUCAACAGGCACAUAUACAGGUUCCGUCGCAGCAGCAACAGCAACAACAACAACAUAUCAAGAUCGCGCCUAGACAACCCUCUCCUGGGCCACAUACUAGUACUGGUACACAUGGCCGUACCAAUCAUCAUGGAGGUCUGAAUCCACUUCCGGCACAGUUACCGCCCCCGCCGAAUCCUCAUCCUCAUCCUCAUCAAUAUCCUUCUUCGCCAUCCCUCUCACAUCGUCCUUCGUCCCAACCGCCUGCCCAAUCUCAAGGUCAAGGUCAAUCGCACCCGCCACCGCCACCGCCCCAAUCCCAACCUUCCUCUUCACAAGCUGCCUCGCAACCUCACCCUCAACCACCACCAUCAAAUUCCUCUCCCCGCUCCACUCCGAACAACAACACCGCCAGCACUGCGGCCGCUACGGCAACGGCACCAGGAGCAGGUGCGGGAGGUGCAGGAGUAGGCCCAACCACGCUCCCCACACCACCCAUCUCCUUCGCCCGUCGUCGUGCAGCCCUCGCGAGCACCGGCUCCGGCUCCCACACGAAAAAGAAACCAGCGGAUAUCGUUAUAUCGCCCCGUGAGACCGCGAACGCUUCCACCACCACCUCUACCAAUCCGAACUCGGGUGGGAGGAGCGGAGGGGGGAGAGAUGGAGGGAGGGAUAGGAUGCAGCCGGUGGUACAGAGUGCGCCGCCGAUACAGGGGCAGUUUACGUUUACGGCUGGGGCUGGGGGUGGGUAUGGGGGGCGGUAUGGUAGGGAGGGCGUGAGUGGAAGAGACAGUGGGAGGGAGGGUACGAGGGAUGUGAGGGAGGGUCUGAUGGCGAUCCCGACUGUGCCCGUUAUUGGGGCUUCGACUUCACAGGGCUCGACGUCGGGCUCGGGACAAAACCAAAAUCGGGAGCGGGAGCAGGUGCAGACGCCGGUACGGAGGGGGAUCGUGCCGCCGACUCCGACGCGUCUUUCGAUGCGGGGGGCGAUGGUUUCUGGACAGGAGACGCAUCUGACCGUGCCGGGGCAAGCUGGCUCUAGUGAUAGGGAGAGGGAAAGAGAGAGGGAGAGGGAGAGGGAGAGGGGAACGGCGAGCGUGCCGAUUUCGAGCGUGUUGGCGAAGGGACCGCCGACGCCUGCGUUUAUGCAUCAUCCGCAUAUCGCGCAUUCGGGUUCGGGCGUGGGCGUGGGCGUGGGUAUUUCUUCGUUGAGCGGAUCGUCGGCGGGGGGAAUGUCGGGAGGGUUGCAUGGACAUAGUAAUCUGCGUGCGCCGCCGCAUACGGCGAACCCUGUCGCUUCUUCGUCGUCUAUGGCGGCUUCGCAGUCGUCGCUUCGUGGGCAGGGGCACGGUUUGCUCGACACGCACAGAGAUAGAGAGAGCAGAGAUAGAGUGGGGGAGAGGGACAGCAGGGAGGGCCAGAAGGCUGCGUUUUUGGCGCCGUUUGAGGUGUUUUAUGAUGCGUUGAGGGAUUCGAGGGAGUUGAAGGGAUGGUUGGAGGGACAGGUGGGGAGGGCGACGGGG